UUCAUUUCAGCAUCCCACGCUCUACUUAUCAUCUCAAAACCAGCUUCUUUGAGAAUCCGUCUCCAAAACCCUAAAACAGCAGCCUUUAGAUCCAUCUUCCCACCCUCAUUUCUCCAAAGAAUCCAAGAAAAUCUCCAUUUCUAUCCAUGGCCCCUACUACUCCAGCAAAACCAAUUCCAGGCCAUGGAACCACACCCAAAACCCCCCAAUCCAAACAACGCCUUCAUCUCACUGGCAUUAAAAGCACCCACCCAUCUCCAAACCCGACAUCCGCUGUUAAAGAAAACCCAUCGACAGAUCACCCUGUCGAAGUCAUUGGUCGGAUCCGCGACUACCCUGAUCGGAAAGACAAGUCCCUUUCGGCAUUAAAGAUCUCCUCUGAUGGACGGAUGGUUCGGGUCCGAACAGAUAUUGGGUAUAGGGAUUUUAGCCUAGAUGGGGUCUCUGUUUCGGAGGAUGAAGAUCUUGAUGCAUUCUACAAGAAAUUCGUCGAAUCGAGGAUAAAUGGAGUGAAAUUGGGUGCGAAAUGUACAAUAAUGAUGUACGGCCCAACAGGGUCUGGGAAGAGUCAUACGAUGUUCGGGUGUCCUAAGCAGCCUGGGAUUGUUUACCGAGCUCUGAGAGAUAUUUUAGGGGAAGAAGAUGAAGAAAACGAGACAGUUGAUCGGAGUAGUGGGUUUGGAUCUUUCGUGCAAGUCACUGUCUUGGAGAUCUACAAUGAGGAGAUUUACGACCUUUUGUCUAGCAACAAUGGUGGAGGAUUAAGCAUCGGAUGGCCAAAGGGGGGAAGUGCAUCCAAGGUAAGAUUGGAAGUGAUGGGUAAAAAGGCAAAGAAUGCGACUUAUAUCUCUGGAAAUGAAGCUGGAAAGAUAUCAAGAGAAGUCGCAAAAGUAGAAAAGCGAAGGAUUGUUAAAAGCACUCAUUGUAAUGAGAGAAGCUCACGAAGCCACUGCCUGAUCAUCUUGGAUGUUCCUUUGGUGGGAGGAAGAUUAAUGCUUGUUGACAUGGCGGGUUCUGAAAAUAUAGAACAAGCUGGUCAAAGUGGAUUUGAAGCAAAAAUGCAGACUGGUAAGAUAAAUCAAGGAAAUAUAGCACUGAAAAGAGUGGUUGAAUCCAUUGCAAAUGGUGAUUCGCAUGUGCCAUUUCGAGACAGCAAGCUAACCAUGCUCCUUCAGGAUUCCUUUGAGGAUGACAAGUCAAAGAUUCUUAUGAUUUUAUGUGCAAGCCCUGAUCCUAAAGAGAUGCACAAGACCAUUUCUACGCUUGAGUAUGGAGCGAAAGCAAAGUGCAUUGUUCGUGGCACACAUACUCCAAAUGCCAAGGAUAAGAUCAGCUCCGAGGAUUCCUCAUCAGUCUUGGGAUCGAGAAUUGCAGCCAUGGACCAGUUCAUCUUCAAGCUACAGAUGGAGAAUAAGCUCAAGGAGAAAGAACGCAAUGAAGCCCACAAAGAACUUCAACGUAAAGAAAAAGAAGUAGCUGAGCUGAGGUCCAGGCUUGAAAAGAUGGAAGGAAAGGGAUCAGUAGUAAAGGAUGAAGAGAUUGACCUGAAGGUCAAUGAGAGGACACAGGCUCUGAAACUUGAGUUGGAGAAGAAGCUGAGAGAGUGUCAGCAGAUGGAAAACGAGUUUUCCGAAUUGGGGAAGAGAAUGGAAGAGAAGCUCUUGCAACAGCAAGAGGAGGUCGAGAUGCUGAGGCGGCGGUUGGAGGAAAUCGAGUCAGAACUAUGCCAUUCGAAGGAUGACUCCGUGGAGGUGCUGCAAGACAUGGGUGAAAGCAAUUUUAUGAAACGGCUUUCAGAAAUCUAUGCUGAUGGGGAUCAAGGAAUGGAGAAAUCAAUGGAUCUGGAUUUGGCGGAGCAGCCAACUGUUCUUGAUGUGAAAGAAAUAGAUGAGGAUGCACAUAAAGCUGAAAAUGGCCGGAAUGGAUCGAUAUCGAGUUCUCGGUUUUGGGACUUGACUGAGAGUGAUGAUAUCAGCGAGCUGAAUUUUGCAGAGAAAGUAUGUUUGAGUACUGUAUUUGAGGGGGAAGAAGAAGGAGAAGAUGCAGAGGAGGAAGAGGUGGAGAAAGAAGUUGUUGAAGAAAAGGUGGUAGACUAUAGUGGGACAGAUGAUGCUAGUCGACAGACAGAUAUCAAUAUGCAUCCUUUCGCUGCUCUAAAUUUUGUACAGACACCGAAUUCUUGUAGCAGAGAUUUGGGGGAAGCUGAUUACAGAAGUAGAACAGAGAAGCCCGCAAGUCUGCGACUCACAGGCGAGCUCGAAAACUCAAAAGAUGCAGCUUCUGCACGACGAACAAGAAUCCAAAAUAUAUUCAUGCUUUGUGGGAACCACAGAGAACUUUCACAACAUGUUAGAAUCCCAACGCCAGCCAAAAAAAGGCCUGAAGCUGCUGAGGUUCGAUCAUCUCCUGUGGUGGUGCCCAGCGAGGAGCUUGUUCCAAAAACUAAUUCAAAAGAAUUCUCCCAACUGCAAACCAUUCGUCAGCCGGAAUUUGGAUCACAAAAUGGUUUUCCAUCAGACCGAAACGUGGGAAACAACAUCAUGGGUAGUCCAAUUUCAGCACUUCUGGACCCAUUUUCAUCCCUUCGCUUAGCAGAUGAUCCAAAAUCGGCAGAUACCCAAAUGAAUAAAACACUUGGUUCUUUUGAAACACCACAAGAUUCGAAGGAGAACACUCGACCCAGGGAUGAAGAACAUACAAAUGGGAUGGUGGAAGUGUAUGUGAAAUGGGAGGCAUCCAAAGAAUAUCCAGGGAAGUUCAUUACAAAGCUUAGGGUCUUAAAUGAUUCUAGCCUCGCAGAUUUGCGGAAGCUGAUCGAAACACAUCUCGGCAGAGACAAUAGCAAGCAAGCAUUCACAUUUCUCAUGCUUGGGGAUCCGGCUGGGGCUCCGGUGACAAAAGAGAAUGAAGCGACUAUUCAGGCCAGCAAACUACCUAUUUGCAACAACCAUGUAAGUAGCCACCUCGCCUGCUUACGUCCAAUCAAGAAGGCGAUCCAACGGUCGGAUCAUCUUCCACUUGCUUCAUUGGAAAACAGGCUUCUAAUUGCUUUGAAUUCACCAUCCAAAGGGGAAGGCUUCCCGCCAAAAAUUAGCCAGAAGUUUGGCAGUGCUCCAUUUCUUGCAGGGCUACCGAUGUAGACGUGUGAAGCCUGUAUGAUUGUGUAUAUGUAUGAUUGUCUACAACUGCGACUCGAUUCGGGCUGGAUGGAUAUCAUCCUCUCUCUUCUUCUUCUUUUUUUUUUUCUUCCAAUUUUUGUAUUGUUGGCAGGUAUGUAGUGUAUUAUCUUGUGUGGUUUUUU